ACUUGGAGUCAAAUUGAAAUCAGAUAUCGCGCGAGAUUUAGUCAACCAAUGGCAGACCAUUGGGUAAUUUUAGUUGUAUGGUGCACAGAGACUGCGCUACAUUGCGGGAUGCUGUAUAAUCAAUACUGUCAUGCUCCGGACCAAAAAGCGGAAUCGAGAAACUGCAUGUCAUCUAACAACAUCAUGAAAACUGAAAGACAUACUUGUGCGCCACAUAUCGAUGAUUUACCCGUGGGAGAAUCAAUCGAGGAGAUUGCCGAAUCUGUAGAUGAGUUACGAGAGAAGCUCGCCAAUAUGAAGAAGCUCAUGAUAGAGCGAAAGGGCACUACACUGGGAGAGAUCAGUGCUCGGAAAAGGAAAGAGGCUUCUAAUAUGAUAGAUGGCAAUCUUUUGUCCUGGAUCUUUGGAUUGGCUCUUAUGGGAAUCCUAAUUGUUAGCUCCUAUGCUUUUUAUAAUCUGUAUUAUGCAGUACUAAAGAGAUUCCCAUCCCAUCAUACUGAACUAUAAAAAGUGGGCGUAGAAUAAAAAGGAGCGAAACCAAAAAUUUUCGCAAAUUCUUAACAUUA